GCCUUGAUUCCAUAAAGUGUCAAGAGAGAAUAGCGGUCAGAAUACGUUUACAAAACAAAUACCAAAUUAUAUUUAAUUUUAAUUGGAAUUAAAUCGACUGAAUGAAAUAAAAAUGACUGAAAAGCAAUAUGGUUUGAUCAAACCGCAGAAGCCUACGACUCGGUUGAUGGCAUUUGCUAGUGACAGUGAGUCAGACGAUGAGCCGGCGGCAAAGAAGAAAAUUUCGAUUGGUGAAAGUGUCACUCAAAAGCGACAGGCACGAAUUAUACAGCAGGACGCUCUUAAAAUAGAUCCAACGAUAUUUCAAUACGACGAAUUGUAUGAUGAAAUGACCGCAAAUCGUGAAGAGGCCAAGAAAGCCAAAUCAAAUGUUAAUCGAGAAUCAAAAUACAUAAACAAAUUACUGGUGGCGGCCGAAAAGAGAAAAAUUGAGUAUGAAACCCGAAUCGAACGCAAAGUACAAAAGGAACGUGAAGCAGAGGGCGAUCAAUUCAAGGACAAAGAAGUUUUUGUUACGGCUUCGUAUCGUGAAAAAUUGGAAGCAAUGAAGAAAGCUGAAGAGGUUGCCCAACGUGAAGAGUAUUUGGAAAAUAUUGGUGAUGUAUUAAAACAAAGGGAUUUGAGUGGUUUUUAUCGACACAUGUACGAACAGAAACUUGGCAAUGAUAAAAAUGAUGAAGUGACAACGGAACCGGAUGGAAAAAAGGAAACGCUUGAAGUUAAAAAGAAAGAUAACCAAUCAGGCAAACGACGUAUGUAUCGAAAACACAGUGACCAUGAAAAUUCGGAUGACGAACAGAGCACAUCGAAAGCAAGCGGAGAGUCAGCCAGCAAAAAAGUGCAUUUGCAAUCUAAUUUAGAUGCAGACUCAGAUUUUAGUAUAGAUUCGUCGUCAGAUUCAGAAGAUAAUGACGAGGAGAAAGCGAGUGACAAAACAAAUCAAAUAACUGGUUCUCCGUCGAAUGCGGACAAAAUGGACAAGAGUAAUAAAACUGAAUCGAAAGAAGAACAUCAAAAGAUUGAGUCUGCGGAAAAUGGAGCCGUAAAAAAUGAAGGAAAAAAGGAUGCUAAGGAGUCGAACGGAGGGGAAAAGAGUGAAGAGGAAAAAAUGCCACCGCCAAAAGAAGUGAAACCAAAAGUGGACAUUUGGAAAAAACGAACAGUUGGUGAGAUCUACUUAAAUGCAGUUAAACGAUACUAUGAAAGAAAACAAGCAGCAGCAUAGUUGGACGCCGUUGGAAGCAUUUGGUUUGAAGAACUGCGAAGAAAACAAAAUGAUUUGUAAUGAAAAGAAUAAAAUAUUAUGAUAUCACACACAA